CAAACCGUACCGUAAUAUUAUACAACAUAUCUCCAGAACUAAUGUCCAGCAGUGCAUCGAUUGUGCCGUUUCUGGCCUAUGGUUUGGCCGUAUGUUUGGAUCCCGUUCUUGUGUUUAUGUCGUUGAAUCACAUCAUUACUAUUGACGAUCUCAAGUCUGACUACAAAAAUCCAAUAGACGUCUGCCAGCGACUCAAUCCACUGGUUUUACCCGAAUAUGUCAUUCAUUUGGUCUUUACUAUCGGCUUUCUGAUGUCUAACCAGUGGUUUUCACUACUGAUUAAUAUUCCUGUUAUUGUAUAUCACGUCUAUCGAUACGAUGGCCGACCGGUAAUGUCCGAACCGGGUAUCUACGAUCCGACCUGUAUUUUGAAUGGCCAGCAUUUGCGUCGGGCGACUGUCGAGGGCUGGACUAAACUGGUCUUCUAUUUGAUGACAUUCUUCUACUAUUUGUUUGCAAUGAUCUACACUUUGGUUCAAUAUAUAGAGUAA